UUACAUCAUCAUAUGACAGUGAACUUCCUGAUUGUGUCUGCGAAAAGCUCUUGAGUGUUGUUUGAAACAAUUAACAAAAUGAUUUGCAGCAGAAUUAUUUGGAUGCUGUGUGUUUUAAUAAGCACCAUUUCUCCAAUCUUGGCCGACACUUUUUGUUCAGGCACUUAUUGUUCUGGUAACUGGGCCUUUUGUUGUGGUUCUGAUGAUGAACUCUGCUGUUACAACUUUGUAUAUGACUACUGGUGGUUCUGGUUUAUCUGGGUCCUCAUACUGUUUGCGAUUAUCAGCUGUUCGAUUUAUUGUUGUCGUCGUCACCGCCAGAACAGUUACUACCUGAUUCCCGACCAGAGUGCCCGCGGUUACGGCACUGUGUCUGUGAGUUCUACUUCGACCACAGUAGGGCCACCUGCUUAUCCAGCCACUCAGUACCAGAUGCCUCCCAGUGCUCCGACUUAUCCACCACAGUAUCAGCCGUCGCAGAAACCACCUGGUUAUAUACCGUGAAGAUCCAUGGAGAAAACACCAGCAUUACAGUGCUCUACAUUACAAAGAUAUGAGCUGUAAUAACGGAACAUUGAAAUACAUCACUGUAUUUGGCAGUAUUUGAAUAUACAAUGUAUAUAAUUCAUAAUUUACAUCAUUCCACCAUGGUUAGAGUUGUCUAACCUUGAGAGAAAGCGUAUUAUUUUAUCUCGAAAUUAGCUAAUUAAGCUUACCGUGUAUUUUAAACUUAGCUUAGUUAAUUAUUUUACUGAAUGCUUAUAUAGCUAAAUUAGGAAGUUUUUUACUCCCAAUUUGAGAAGUUUUAAUUUCAGUUGUACUUUUAUUAUUUAAUAUUGUUACUCCGGUGUUAGGGUGAACUGUGUCUUGUCCUGUUUUAAACAAAACAGUUGUAUCCUUAUGUAAAUUAUAUUUUUAAAAUCUUAUUAAACUUAUCAAUUGACUAUGGAACUGGGUUUAUUUAACAAUUGCUUGUAUGUAAGGUUCUGAGGCCCAUUUUACGAAGGUAUCUUAGCGCUAAGAUAUCAUAAAAGCAUCAUAGACUAUGACAUCACUAUGGACUAUGACAUCACAUAGCUGACAAUGGUUUUACAAUUUCAUAGUGCUAAGAUAGCUUCGAAAAAUCUCUAGCUGGCCCCAUUUAAUGAAGUCAUCUUAGCUUUAAGAUGACUUUGUAAAACAAGGGCCUGUAGUGUACCAAGAUGGUAGGAAGGGGUGUUAGUUGAGUUGUUUCUAAUUAUUUAAAAAUCACUUGCAUAUAUUCUGAAAAGUGGGGGCUGUCUUGUUAAAAUUAAGAAUAGAGGUUUCAACUGCUUAUAUCCCAAUUUUGGUUGAAAUACACCAGUGCUCUUCAUGUUCAAAAUUGUGAGCACUAGCCAACAAUUUGACUGGUUUACAGAAUACAGAACAAAAGACUCUAAAAGUUUUAUAUAAGCACCAUGACUGGUCAUGGGUUUAAACUGAUUUAAUAUGGUCUUUGUUGAAUUAUAUCUUGUUCUGUAUACAGUCUAGUCAAGUCAAUAUAUUCCUAUGAUUUCAAGAUGUGUAAUUCCAAACAAAUAUAAACAUACCGGUGUACACUUUUAACCAUGAAUUCCAGGAGGAGGGUGGGUUGAGGGGUGUUUAGAAAUCAUACACACGCAUUUCAAAUAUUUAAAGAAAUAUUUCUUUACUUUCCCUUCCAAAUGAAAACUAAAUAUAACUAGCCAACAGAAAGUAA